CAGAGUUUUUCUCUUCUUCGAAUGUGUUUAAUAGAUGCGCUGAAACUCAGAUUACCGAAUUUUCUUCAAAAAUCUUGAAUUUUUUUCGAUCCUUAAUGGGAAGAUCUUGGCUUAUCAAUGGCAGAGGACUUGCGAGUAAAGUCAAAAAUGCUAGUGCCCCUGCUGCACAUCAAAUCAAAGAUUGUGGGGCAAAGCGGCAAUGCCCAAACUGCAACUACUCUAUUGAUAACAAGGAUGUUUCUCAUGAAUGGCCUGGUCUACCUGUUGGUGUUAAAUUUGAUCCAUCUGAUGCUGAGCUCGUGGAGCAUUUAGAAGCAAAGUGCGGGGUGGGAAAUUCAGAGCAACACAAAUUCAUUGAUGAGUUCAUCCCGACCCUUGAUGUUCACGAAGGAAUUUGCUAUACCCAUCCUGAAAAUCUUCCUGGUGCAAAAAAGGAUGGAAGUAGCAUUCACUUCUUUUAUCGCAUUACUAAUGCAUAUGCAACUGGUAAAAGGAAGCGUAGAAAGAUUCAUGAUGAAAAUAAUUUGAUGAAAGAACAUGUACGCUGGCACAAGACGGGAAAGACCAAGGUUGUUAUGGAGAAUGGAUUCCAAAAGGGAUGUAAGAAGGUCAUGGUACUCUAUCAAACUAUUAAGAAGGGGUCGAAGCAGGAAAAGACUAAUUGGGUAAUGCAUCAGUACCACCUGGGCCCUGAUGAAGAUGAAAAAGAAAGUGAAUAUGUGGUUUCAAAAAUCUUUUACCAGCAGCAGAAGCAAUCUGUCAAGGCCAAUGAUUCUUGUGACAAUGAGGAAGCCAGUGUGGGAGCCAAUCAAACUGGGCCUACAACUCCAAAGACGGUUACACCUAAUCCCCCUCGAGAUGGAGAAACCCCUUCCUAUGAUGAUAUUGUGGAUGACUCUUUACCCUUCUCACCUGAUCAGGAAGUGGAAGUUGCCAAAGAACCAGGGCAGCCUUCUGAUGCUAAAAUUAAGUGUGAAAUGGAGUACACCACAUGCUUGGCUGGAGAAUCACAAGCAGCUGAUGCAAAUGAUGUUGAUAAUUCUCUGUUGUGUGAUGAGCAUAAUGAUUAUUCAUUUCUUGAUAGUUUUGGACCCAAUCUUGGCCCGUCUGCUGACUACACUCAUAGCACUUGCCAUUUACCACAAGAGAAUGGUAACACAACCUGUGGAAUUUCAGAGUUAGAUAACUUGGAACUGGAUUCUCCUCCAGACUUCCAACUUGCAGAUUUGCCAUUUGGUUCGCAAGAGAAUAUCUUUAGUUGGUUGGACCGGCUAUAGUGAUAAAGGCAAUGAGAUAAUGCUUUAUGCAUUCUGGGAAGGAGAAUAUACUUCAACAAGAUUGUGCUCUUGAACAGCAACAGGAAUCUUUCUUCAAUUUCAG